CAUCAUACCAUGCUGAACGCCCUCAUCACAGGAAGCUCUCGCGGGCUUGGCCUCGAAUUGGUCAAACAAUUAGCUGUGCAUCACGACUUGAAAGGUGGAAUAGUCGUGGCCACUGCCCGCACAUGUAGCCCGCAGCUGAAGGAAGUCAUCUCCACAAGUAAUGGCGCCGUUGUUUUCGUCGCACUCGACGUAGCGGACGCGGGGGCCAUCGCAAACUCGGCCGAGGAAGUGAGAUCGGCCCUUGGAGGACGCAGUCUGGAUAUCCUGAUCAACUGUGCAGGUGUCCACAGUGAAACCCAUGGCAAGGUGACUCUUAUGUCGGACCUCGACUGGCAAUUAUCGGUCAACGUGACUGGCACGCAUAAUGUCCUGCGACAGUGUCUGCCUCUCAUGCAGUCGAGCAAGGUUAAGAGGGUGGUGAGCGUCUCCAGCGCAUACGGCUCCAUCACCCAUGCUCGAGAUGUAGCCUAUGCACCUUGUCCAGCCUAUAAGAUCAGCAAAGCCGCAUUGAACGCGUUGACUGUACAAUAUGCUCUCUCAUAUGAGGAUGACGGUUUUGUAUUCCUCGCAGUCAGUCCUGGUUGGUUGAAAAGCGAUAUGGGCGGGCAGCACGCUGAUCUCACCGUGCCUCAGGGCGCAAAGGCAGUAUUAAAGGUGGCUUUUGCAGCCGAUAGCCGGGAUAAUGGGACCUUUAAGAACAUUGAUGUUCCGGGAUGGGAGAAAUAUGAUGGACAGAUUUUGGCGUGGUAGAUCGGCAUUGGCAAUGAUUUGGGGUUGAGUGUUGAUGCUAUUGGACAAU